ACACUACUCCUCUCUGUGAUUUGACUUGAAAAAAAAUUGUACCCCUCAGGAGCCUAACAGAUUACUUCAAUGGCUUUUAAUGGGACGUGGCAAAUAUACCAGCAGGAGAACUUGGAAGACUUCCUGCGCUCCAUAGGUCUGGCAGAAGAUGUCAUCAAUAAAGCAAAAGAUGUGAAACCAGUUAUUGAAAUCCAUCAAGAUGGAAACAAUUUUGUUGUCACUUCUAAAACACCACAUCAGUCAAACACAAAUUCCUUCACCAUUGGCAAAGAAGCUGAUAUCACAGCCAUGGGGGGCAAAAAAUUUAAGUGCACCAUCAAUAUGGACGGUGGGAAACUUGUCUGCCAAACUGACAAGUUCAGUCACAUCUCAGAAAUCCAAGGCAAUGAAAUGAUUGAGAAAAUUACUAUUGGGUCUACUACCUUGGUUAGGAAAAGUCGAAAAGUUUAGCUGCAAGAAAACAACAACAAAUAUGAAGAUGAUCUACAGUUAAAAUUAUCGAGAUUUCAGACUGGAAUAAAAUAUUGUGAACACACAAA